UCCUUUUUCACCAAUAACCUUUACCAUACUCCACCAAACAAUGUCCGACACAGAGCGACCGGACUCAGCCUCGUCGCGCAGAGACCAACAACGUCAACGCAGUAGAUCGCCACGACAAGACCGAGACCGAGAUCAAGAUCGACUUCGACGGCGAAAAGACGCAGGAUUCAAAUGGAAAGAAAAGCGACGUGAUCGGGAAGAUGAUCGAGGAGACAGAGACCGCGACAGAGACAGAGACGGCCGAGACUCAGGAUUACAAAGAGGAUAUAAAGACCAUUACCGGCCGCGACAACGAUCAAGAUCAAGAUCAAGAUCAAGGACACCGCCUUCACGACGGCGGUCACCAAGACGGGAAGACAGAGAUAGGGAUCGAGACCGAGGUCAGGAUCGAGACCGUGAAAACGGAAAAGACAAAGACAACGCCAAAGAAAAGAAAGACAAAAAAAAGGACAAGAAAACCACGUCGUCAAGUACAACAUCAACACCAGCCGCACCAGCGGCACCAACACAACCCAUGAUUAUUGUCUACGUCAAUGAUCGAUUAGGGACGAAAAAGGCAAUACCGUGUUUUGCAACGGAUCCCGUCAAGGAUUUCAAGGUGAUUGUGGCGUCUAUGAUUGGUCGUCGGCCGCAUGAGAUUCUGCUCAAGAGACAAGGUGAACGGCCGUUCAAGGAUCAGUUGACUUUGCAGGAUUAUGGAGUUAGUAAUAAUGUGCAGCUAGAUCUUGAGGUCGAUACGGGUGAUUGAUGCGAUGAAUAUGCUGUAUGAUUCUGGGAAGAGAGAAAAAAGGGGAAUGGAAUGGAUCAGAUGUGAUCAUGAAUUACAAUCACAUCACGGGGAAUCGAAUUGGAUUCUGUUCUUGUUCGAUAUAUUUACAUUGGCUUUGGGCUUUCUUUCAAGCGUCUGGUCAUGAAUGAGCACGAAAUAUCUUGCUCUGGUCCAACCUGCCUGGGUAUGUAACCUCCGACUAUGGAUGAUAGACAUAAAAAUCCAGUGUGCAUAUCGUGG